AUGGCAGCCCGUCCAACUCAGGAAAACACGGAGAACAUUCCGGACUUUGUCCAGUUAAAUGACCUGGCUUGUGAAACAACAGGAGCAAAGGUCCUGUUUGCAACAGAUGAUUGGUUUGCAGCUGCAGAGAAUCUUUUGAAGCGAGAAGCACCACAAUGGAAAGCAGAAGAUUUCACCACUUUUGGCAAAUGGAUGGAUGGCUGGGAAACUAGGAGAAAACGAAUUUCAGGUCAUGACUGGUGUGUUAUCAAGUUGGGCAUGCCUGGAAUCAUACAUGGAUUUGACGUAGAUACUUCUUACUUUACUGGCAAUUAUGCUCCUCGUAUAUCGAUUGCAGCUGCAAACCUAAAUACUGAUGAAAUUCUAGACCUGCCUCCAAGAGGGGAGAAAAUAGGAACUGCUGCUUCAGAAAAGGAAUUAGAAGUAAUCGGAAAGUUGUUGUCAGAGUUCUGGACUGAAUUGGUUCCAAUGACAAUCCUGCAACCGGGCUAUGUUGAUAAGUGCCAUAAUUAUUUUUCGACUCAGAAACUGGAGCGAUGGACUCACAUCAGACUGAACAUGUACCCAGACGGUGGAAUUGCACGACUCAGAGUUUAUGGCAUCGGCCAAAGAGAUUGGUCAUCAGUUUCACCAAAGCAGGAAAUAGAUCUGGUUGCAAUGACCAAUGGGGGUGUAUGCUUGGGAUACAGUGAUGCGCAUUUUGGACACCCUAAGAACAUUAUCGGCAUUGGAAGAUCUAAAGUUAUGUCUGAUGGAUGGGAGACAGCCAGGAGGUUGGACAGACCGGCAAUUUUAAAGGCAGAUGAUCAGGGUAUUUUACAGGUACCUGGUUGUGAGUGGGCUGUUUUUAGACUUGGACAUCCUGGUGUAAUAACUCACAUUGAUAUUGAUACCAGCCACUUCAAAGGUAACUUCCCAGACAGUUGUAAAAUUGAAGGAUGUUCCAUAACUCCAGAAGAAGAAAAAGAAAGAAUUGCUACAAAGUGGAAAGACAGCCGUGGUUUGGAAUGGAAGUUAUUGCUGCCAAUUACUAAGCUCAAACCACACCAGCAACACUCCUUCCCCAUGGAAAUGAAAGAUAUUCUAACUCAUGUGCGACUGACAAUUAAGCCAGAUGGUGGGAUCAGUAGGAUGCGGCUCUUGGGAUAUCCAUGCCCUCUUCCCUCAGGAAACCUGUGA